AGCGGACCCAGCCCGCGGCUCACUUCCGCCCGCGCCGGUCGCCGCCCCGUGGACAGCUGGGCCUCGGCGUGGGCCUGUGUCUCCCUCGGCUCCCGCCGCGGGCCUCGGGGAGUGGGAUAGAAGAUGUCUAUGGAUGUGACGUUUCUGGGGACAGGCGCAGCAUACCCAUCCCCAACUCGGGGUGCCUCUGCUCUGGUCCUGCGGUGUGAGGGCGAGUGCUGGCUCUUUGACUGUGGGGAGGGAACCCAGACACAGCUUAUGAAAAGCCAACUUAAAGCAGGGAGAAUUACUAAGAUCUUCAUCACGCAUCUUCAUGGAGACCAUUUCUUUGGCCUUCCUGGCCUGCUCUGCACAAUCAGCCUGCAGAGCAGCUCCACAGUCACCAAACAGCCUAUUGAAAUCUAUGGCCCUGCAGGGCUUCGGGAUUUUAUCUGGAGAACCAUGGAACUGUCUCACACGGAGUUGGUCUUCCCUUACGUGGUUCACGAGCUGGUGCCUACAGCAGAUCAGUGUCCCACUGAAGAACUAAAAGAAUUUUCACAUGUGAAUACAGCAGACAGCCCUCCCAAGGAGGGAAAAGGAAGAACUAUCCUAUUAGACUCAGAAGAAAACUCGUACCUUCUGGUCGAUGAUGAACAGUUUGUUGUAAAAGCAUUUCGCCUCUUUCAUCGAAUUCCCUCCUUUGGGUUUUCAGUUGUGGAGAAGAAACGCCCAGGUAAACUCAAUGCACAGAAACUGAAAGACCUCGGUGUCCCGCCAGGUCCUGCCUAUGGGAAGCUGAAAAAUGGAAUUUCUGUUGUCCUGGAAAAUGGAGUUACAAUUUUUCCCCAAGAUGUCUUAAAAAAGCCCAUUGUUGGAAGAAAAAUCUGCAUUUUGGGUGACUGUUCUGGGGUUGUGGGUGAUGGAGGAGUGAAGCUGUGCUUUGAAGCAGACCUGUUGAUUCACGAAGCGACCCUGGAUGACGCCCAGAUGGACAAAGCGAAGGAGCAUGGCCACAGCACGCCGCAGAUGGCAGCAGCGUUUGCAAAGCUGUGCCGAGCAAAGAGGCUGGUUCUGACUCACUUCAGUCAGAGGUACAAACCAGUCGCCUUGGCCAGGGAAGGAGAAACAGAUGGGAUUGUAGAACUGAAAAAGCAAGCUGAAUCAGUAUUAGAUUUCCAAGAAGUGACUCUAGCAGAAGAUUUUAUGGUGAUUGGCAUUCCGAUCAAGAAAUGAAACCAGUGUUCCUGAGAGCCUAGCGCCAUGUCUGUGAACAUGUUCCCGAACCCACAGUCAGUGUUGUUGUCGUUGUUUCUGUUUCUGGUGUUGUUGUUUUGGUCUAAAAUUAUUUGGGUCUUAAUAAUCCUAAGAAGGACGGAGCUGCAUCGCUGAACUGACUCAGCAGGGAGAGGGAGCAAAGUUUUUGAUAAUAAAUCAUUUUAA